AUGCCCGCACUAAAUUUUCUACCUGAGCUACAAGAUGUCUAUGAGCCAUUAUAUCCGGAACAAUUACAAGCACUCCAUCAACAAGUUGUCCAAGAAGGUGGGGAAUUAGCAUCCAUUCAAUCCAGAUUUAAUUAUGCCUGGGGACUAAUUAAAUCAGCUGAUGUAAACGAUCAGAGAUUAGGAAUUAAGUUGUUGACAGAUAUAUAUAAGGAGGAGCCAACAAGAAGACGAGAAUGCUUGUAUUAUUUGACGAUUGGCUGUUAUAAAUCAGGAGAAUAUUCAAUGGCUAAGAGAUACGUUGAUAAGCUACAUGAACAUGAACCGAAUAAUAAACAAGUACAGACACUAAAGAAAAUGGUAGAGGAUAAGAUUCAAAAGGAGACCGUGAAAGGAGUCGUUGUUGCUACCGGAGUUAUUGCUGCUGUUGCCACAAUUGCCGGGUUCAUGUUUAGAAAGAAAAAGUAA